GAGUGACGCCAUCGUCGUUUGGUUUCAUUCUGCUUUGGUUGUGUUUUUUUAUUUUUACACCUCCGACGUGUCCGACAGUGAGCUGAAAUAGAAAAAAUAAUGGGAAGAAAGAAGAAAAAGCAAAUGAAGCCUUGGUGCUGGUACUGUAACAGAGAUUUUGAUGAUGAAAAGAUUCUCAUUCAGCACCAGAAGGCCAAACACUUCAAAUGUCACAUCUGUCAUAAAAAGCUGUACACAGGACCUGGACUAGCUAUCCACUGUAUGCAGGUACAUAAAGAGACUAUCGACGGCGUUCCAAAUGCCAUACCUGGUAGAACAGAUAUUGAACUGGAAAUAUAUGGGAUGGAGGGUAUUCCAGAGAAAGACAUGGAGGAGCGGAGAAGAGUGUUAGAGCAAAAACACCAAGACACUCAGAAGAAAAAAAAUCAGGAUGACUCUGAUGAAUAUGAUGAUGAUGAUGAACCCGGCCCAUCUUUCCAGCAGCCUGCUGUAGGUCAGGCACAAACGAGCUAUGUCCCUUCCAUGACCCAGCCGGCCAUGGCUCUUGGUUCCAAUGCUCCAGGGCUGCCACCAGGAGGAUACUCAGGAAUUCCCCCAGUGAUACCAGGUAUGCCGCCAUUGAUGCGAGGAAUGCCCCCUGUAAUGCCAGGAAUGCCACCUGGGAUGGUACCCAUGGGUGGAAUGAUGCCACCAAUUAUUCCAGGCAUGCCUCCAGGCAUGCCUCCUCCAGUAACUCACCGUCCAAGAUUGACACCUAUGGUUCAAGCUCCCCCUGCUCCAAAUAUACUGACUAGACCUGUUGUUCCUGCUUCCACGCCCCCCUCAGCUCGGCCUAAUGUUUCAAAACCACUUUUUCCCAUUGCUGGACAGAUGGGCAGUCAAGUUGCAAGUACAGUCUCGUCGAGUGCAGAUUCUCAGUCUGCUUCUCCUAAAGCUCUGUUCCCUGUCGUAUCUCAAAGCCAGCAGACAGUGGCAGGUUCUUCCCAUCCAACCGCAUCCACAUCAUCUGACACCUCAAAGCCCACAUUCCCAGCCUACACUCAGGCCACAGCUUCUGUGGCCAGUCCCAGUCCUGGCAGCAGUACUGUCUCCAAACCUCCCUCUACUAUUACAAGUAAGCCUGCCACCCUCACCACCUCCAGUGCAACCAGUAAGUUGAUCCACCCUGAUGAGGAUAUUUCGUUGGAAGAGCUGCGGGCUCAGUUACCCAGAUACCAGUGUAAUAUUCCCCACCAAGGCCAGGCCAGUGUUUCUGCCCCCUCAGGGGUUCCCAUGGGUGCUCUGAUGUCACCUCAGCAGCCUGGCAUGAGACAACCUGUACCUGGUCAGUAUGGUGGUCAGCCCCAUAGGUUGCCAGGCUACAUCCCGGGAGGGCUCCCUCCGUAUGGGCAGGCAGCACCUAUGGUUUCCUCUGGGUAUCAGGGAGCCCCUCCACGGCCACCCAUGGCUAUGAGACCCCCCGUCAUGUCUCCUGGAAGCCGCUACUGAAGCCUGCUCUCCUUUUUCCAUAGGUGUAUAGAAGUGUAAUAAAUGUGGUUCGUAGUGUUGUGAAGGCGCUGGACUUAUGGGCAGUACCCACCCUUUAUCAAGGCAAGUUUUAUGUAAAUACAUUUUUUUUUUUUUUGUAAAAGAAACAGUGAGGCCUUCACAGCACUUAGGUGCUGUUGGACUUUGUGUCCCCAACGUUGUUUGGUGAGGGCUUCAGAUGACUGUUUAUGGAUUCAUUCACACUUAAGUUAUGUUCCAUUAAGUUUCUUUCAGAAACACUUUCUUAAGUAGAUGACGUACAUAAAUGAGAUGAUAUAUGUACGGUUGUGUAAUGUGUUGUAAUAAAAUGUGGCAAAAC